CGUUUAUACUUAAGUGUUCUGUUAAUAUGAUAUCGUAGUGUUAAAUUUUGACGAAAUAUUUUUAAAAAAAUGGAUGAAGAAACAUCCGGAGUUGAUAUCGAUGAUGAUUACAUUAUCGAUGAAGGUGAUACCUCCGAGGAUGAUGAACUUAUGGAGGAUUCUGAACCUUCACCAUUCCAGCAAGCGGUAUCACCUGAAUGGAGUCAAUGGAACCAGUAUAGUGGCAAACCUUUAGAUAUUCGACGAGGUCGUGGGCGUCCUAGAAAAGAUAAAUCUUAUAGGGGUGCAAAGACGACCUCGGGUUCAUCGAUUAGUUUAAAAAUAAAACGAUGGAAAACUUCAUCCGCGAGAAGUUCUAUCAAACGAUCGGACUCUGUGGAUACAUCGUCAGUGCCACAGUCUCCUAGUGGAGAAGGGUGUACAUUAGAUCCAGAAACAGGAGCUUUAAUCCCAAUUGGAGAUUCGAAGCAAAUGUUAGCACCUGAAGAACCUUAUUUUCCUGAACAAUGGCCAGGAAAAGUUUGUGCCUUUUGUAAUUUAGGCGAACGUAGUCAAUUAGGACAAGGUGAAUUAAUAAGAUUGACUUGUCCUGAUGGAUUUAAACCAACACGUUCACCAAAUUCCUUAACUCAUGAUUCUGUAAAUGGUGAGAACGCAGAACGUGGUGAAAAUAAUGGCGAUAAAAGUCCUCGUGCUGUGUCUGCUGCGGCGGCAGUUACUUGUAGAAGACAAAAAAGUUUAAAUAAAUGCCGAAAUCCGUCCUUAACAAACAUAGAAUAUAUUGAUGAAUUAACAAUCAUUGGACAUCCAGAGGAACCAGAUGUUUCAACCCUGUUCGAUUCGUUAGAUUUUUAUGUUCAUAACUCUUGUGCAAUUUGGUCGUCGGGUGUAACACGCUGUGAGGAUUCAGGAUUAGAAAAUGUAGGACCAGUAAUAUUACAAAGUAUUUCUAGAAAAUGUGCCAGUUGUAAUCAUUUUGGUGCAAGUAUGCCAUGUCGUGUCACAUCAUGUACAAAGUUUUUCCAUUUUCCAUGCGCGGCUGCAUCUGGUGCUUUUCAAGAUAUACAGAGUUAUACCUUAUUUUGUAAUCAACAUCUGGGUCAAGUUCCAUUACAAGCUUCGGAAGAUAUUACGUGCAUGACGUGCUACGCAUUAGGUGAUGUAGCUAAUUUAGUAAUGUGCUCAUCUUGUGGGCGACACCAUCACGGCACUUGUGUUGGCUUAGCUCAAUUACCUGGUGUAAGGGCUGGAUGGCAAUGUCGUGAUUGUAGAAAUUGUCAAAUUUGUCGACAACCUGGUGAUGAAUCAAAACUAAUGUCAUGCGAACUUUGUGAUAAAGUUUAUCACCCUCAGUGCCUUCGACCAAUCGUUACCAGUAUUCCCAAAUAUGGAUGGAAAUGCAAAUGUUGUAGAGUAUGUACGGACUGUGGUUCUAGAACACCAGGAGCUGGGUUAUCGUCUCGUUGGCACGCACAUUAUACAGUUUGUGAUUCCUGUUAUCAACAAAGAAACAAAGGAUUUUCUUGUCCGUUGUGUCAUCGAGCAUAUCGGGCUGCAGCUUAUCGAGAAAUGGUUCAAUGCAGUUCAUGUCACAAAUUCGUGCAUGGAACUUGUGAUGGUGACGCUGAUUCGACUGUUUAUCAGAAAAGAAAAGAAGCAAAUCCCGAGUAUGAGUAUGUUUGUACAGCUUGUAAAGAGGUUCAAUUGAAUAGCCGCAUGGCUUAUUUAAAAAGAAAGAAUAGUAUGUGUAGUCUUAAAUAUUAUAUUUUUGAGAUUCUUACUCAAUUCAUUAUAUUUACAGGUUUUGAUGAUUCUGAAUCGAAUUUAUCUGCAUCGCAAGAAUCACUAAAUUUUGGUGAUGAUCCUUAUGAUCAUGAUACGGAUAAUAUGGUCGUAGAACGGGCGGGAUCUGAAGAUUCUUCAUUUCGUAUUUUAGGUUUUGGCAAAGGUAAACCGUUUUUAUCUAGCAAAAUUCUAGCUAAAAAGCGUAUGGGUUUUUCGGUAUCACGCCCUAAAGGCAUGGGUAAACAUUUACCUAGUAAAUUUGGCUAUCAAAAAAGAAAAACAAAUGAUUUUGGAAGAAAACGUGGACCAAAAGGAAAAAUUCGUAAUUUUUUUGGUGGUGGAGUAUGUUUAGAAAAACCUAGUGCUGAUUCGACAAAGAAAGAUGAUGAAGAACCAGGUGUUGAAAAUCGAUUAGUCCUAUGUUCAGCGAAAGAUCGAUUUGUACUAACACAGGAUAUUUGUGUUAUGUGUGGAGCACUUGGUACAGAUCAAGAAGGUUGUUUAAUCGCUUGUGCACAGUGCGGGCAAUGUUAUCACCCGUACUGUGUUAAUGUUAAAGUAACAAAAGUAAUUUUAGAGAAAGGAUGGCGUUGUUUGGAUUGCACAGUGUGCGAGGGUUGUGGAAAUCGUAAUGACGAAUCUCUCUUAAUUUUAUGCGAUGAUUGUGACAUUUCAUAUCAUACAUAUUGCAUGGAUCCUCCAUUGGAAUUUGUACCGCAUGGAAAUUGGAAAUGUAAAUGGUGUGCGCUUUGUCAAACUUGUGGAGCUAGUGAUCCUGGUUUUAAUUGUUCAUGGAUGAGUAAUUUCACUGAAUGCGGUCCGUGUCAUUCAUUGCACACCUGUCCAAAUUGUUCAGAUUUAUAUAAUGAAAAUGAAUUAAUUAUUAAAUGUAUGCAAUGCGAACGAUGGCUUCAUUGUAAAUGUGAUUCAAUAAAAACUGAACAAGAUGCGGAAAGGUGUGCUGAUGAAGGAUACAGUUGUGUGUUAUGUCGACCACGAGAUGAGCCACCGCCACAUUUGAUACCUCCUCCACCGGUACCAAAGCCUCAACCACCAUCACCAAAAAUAAUACCACCUGAAGAACCAAAACCACCUCGGCCAAUGCAGUAUUACGUAGAUGGAGUAUAUUUAAGCGAAGUUGGCAUGCAGUUGAUACGAUCAUUAGGACCGGAACAGCAAGUACAACGAAAGAAAAGACGAAAAGGUAUUGUUGUUAUGGAUAAAGAAGCUGGUAUCAGAGCUACAAUAGAAUCAGUUGUUGCUGGUGGAAGUUUAGACAAUUCAUUGGAUGAUACUGCAAAAUUAGAAUUGGUUGAUAUAAAAGAUGAACCAACUGAAAUUUAUAAAGAAGGCAUGACAUGGAUACCAAAAACAAAUGGAACUCCACCAGAAGGAUUUACAGUAUACACUACUGAAAACGGUAUGAUGGUAUUACGAAAGAAACGUCAACGUAAUUUACAAAAAUUAGGCAUUGGUGGGUUUAUUGUACGCAAUCGUAUAAAUCGACCAGCUGAUAAUGAUGAAAUUGAUACAUUACCUGGACAAUCGGUACCAUCGAUUCCACUUCCUGAUAGCAGUGGUGUGACAACACCAGCUGGUGGAACUACACCAGAAAAUGAAAAACCUCGAAAGAAACCAGUUCGACGAAAAAAUAAAAGUAAAUUAAUUGAAACGUUUCCUUCUUACAUACAAGAUGCCUUUUUUGGUCGAGAAUUAUUGGAUACUAGCAAAGAAAAAGAAUUAGAAAGUAGCAGCGAUAGUGAAGAUGAUCAUAAAAACUUUGUAACGGAUGAUAAAACUAUUGAAUUAAAUCAAGAUGAAAUUAAAGCUAUUGAAGCAAUUAAAGCUAAACAAGAACCAGAAUGUACAGUCGCUGCAGCGGAUUCGACUAAACAAGAUAAUGAUAUGAGUAUCGAUAAAGAAGAUCCAAUUAAGGAAGAAGAUGGUAGUGAUACUGAAGCAUUAAAAGACGUUCUGGAAUUACCAGGUGAUUUAUUAGAUACGGAUUUAGUUAAAUCAAUAAUGAAUGAAGAUGAUCUUUCAAAAACUGCUGAUAGUUUGGAUUUACCAGAUACAAAUAUUCCAGCGGAUAGUGAUUUAACGAAUCCUUUACCAGAAACAACAAACGUAUCUUCCACUCACAAAGACGAUUUGUCAGAAAUAUUAAAUUCACACUUUAAUUUACCGAAUAUGGAUUCUAAAGAUGUUGAGGAAAUUUUCAAAGGUGUACUGACAGAGGAACCGCAAGAAUCUCAAGAUCCAAUUGGAACAUUUCCAUUGCGUUCUGCAUUUCCACCGCAAGCAGCUCCUCCACCACCAAUUGCACCUCAACAAAUUGUCUCUCAACCUCCAAUUGUUCGACCACCAAUACAAUUACCAUCGGUCGGUCAAAACAACAUGAAUUCGCCUAUGAGCUUCCCACCACCUUCACCCUAUCAUUCUGAGUAUAGCAACAGUCCUCAGUUUAGCCCUGCCUUCUCCGAACCACCAAGUCCAUGGAUUGGUGGUCCUUCUGAUAUUACGUCAGAAACAGUCAAUGAAGUGAAUACAGCGACACCAGCUGUUGCCACUUCAUCAUACAAUCAACGUUCAACCGAAAAAAUGAAAGCUGAUGAAGCAUUAGGGAAUGCUGCAACAAUAUCGGCCGUUUUAUACGCAAAUAUUAAUCAUCCUGAAUGGAAAACUGAUUUUCCUGUGUGGGCAGAUCGUUAUAAACAAAUACUGAAGAAAUGGCGUGCAUUGAGUGCUGAUAAAAAGGCUCCCUAUUUACAACAAGCUCGUGACAAUCGAUCUGCAUUCAGAAUGAAGAAAGCACAACAGCAGAUAACCAAGGACACAGCUACAUCUAGUGGCAACAAUUCAUCUGCAACUACGUCAACAAGUCAAGUAUCUACAAAUCAAGGUGCUGUUAUUGCUGCAACAACAAAUCAAGUAAUCGGUCAAGUAAUUGGCGUUAGACCGACAUCCUGUGGUACACCAGGCCUUAUGCAGACAAAUACAACGGUUGUAACAAGUACUAUGUCCAUACCAAUGAAAAUAGCCGCAUCAUCUACUGCAUCUGUGGUUACUACAACAACUGAGGAUCAAGAUAAGUUAUCACAACAACAAAAGAGUGUCCGAGAAGCGGAACAAGAACGACAAUGGAAACAAUUACAGGCUACUCGACAACAACAAGCUCAACAACAACAACAAGUUAUUCACGAUCAAAGACUACAAGCAAUUGUACGAGUACGUCAAAUGACUGAAGGCGGCGUUCCUGGACAACAAUACCCUACAGAUCAAGUAUUGCAAGUGAAUACUCAAGAUGGUAAUACCUCUCCAAGUCAACAAAGAAGUCCAUUUACUUCGCCAGCAAUUCAAGCCAAUCGUAAUUUGUUAUCACAUUCACCAAAUUUCACGAAUACAGCAAUGCCACCACCAAGAGCAGCUGAAAUGAGACCUCAAACGUUAAACAUUCGAGCUCCAACUCCCAUGCCCCCACAAUCACCGUCUCCAUUUUCACCACCAACAAGUGUUGGCUCUGAUGGUGACAAUAGUCAAGAUCCGUACAUGCAAAAUGCACCAAAAACAACUUUUAUGAUGUCACCACAACGAAGUCCCGUGUAUUCUCAAAUACCGGGUAAUUCAAAACCACAAUUUAAUGCACCGCCACCUAGUCCACGAUCUGUUACACAGGUUGCUUUUGUACAACCAAAUGUUGUAGCUGGCGCGGCUAAUAAAACUCAAGAUAAUCAACAACUUCGAGAUUUGUUGCAGAGACAACAAUUUAAAAAAUUAGAUGAACAAAUAUUACCUGGUCAGCAACGAAUUUGGUCACCACAAGAAAAUACGGUGGAAGUUGUAAAUUCUCAAAAUCAACAACAAUUUGAUAAUAACACUAUGUCUCAAACUCAGCAACAAAUACAGUCUCCUAACAUUGGCGAUGCUACAUUUAGGCAACCUUUACCGCCAGCAUUAGUUCGAACUCGAGCACCAGUAGCUGUAAGUGGAGCUAUUGCUAGACAAUUUAUUACUGCUGGUGGACCAAGACCACCGCAAACCUUAGAUCCUCGAAUGAAAUUGUUAAUACAACAGCAACAACGUGGACCAAUUCCUGGCCAACAAACUGUAACAUCUCAAUUAGUUACACAAGGUAUUAUACGACCAACGCUAAUUAGAAGUCAAGAAUCAUUUGAUCCACAGUUAGUGCAGAGGCAACAACAAAUUGGAGUACCAAGUGAUGCUAUUCAAAGACAAUUAGGACUACGAUUGCCUCAGCAAAUUCAACAACAAAAAAAUAUUAUAUUGGAACAUAGAAUUAUUGUGAGUCAAGCUCCACCACAGCAACUGACUCAGCCAGAACAAAUAGUACCGCAAACUUCAGCAGCAACAAGUAAUACAAAUUUUGUUACUCCGGUACCUCCUACAGACCCUGCGAUUGUAUCCGGUACAACGGAUAAUCAAGAAAUUCCUGAUAGCGUCACGGCUGAAUUGGAAAAAUUAGAACAAGAAGGUGGAGGUAUGGUAGAAGUUGAAGGGGUUGGUGAUAUAUUGGGUGGUUUGGGAGAGGACGAUGAUGAAUUAUUAGCCGAAAUGGGUGCAGAUUUUAAUAUUUUGGAAUAUGCUGAUCCAGAAUUAAACGCUUUAUCGGCUGGAGAAAAAACAAAUAUUUUAGAUAGUUUGGAUCUUGAAGAACCUGAAUCAGAUAAAGAAGAUUCAAAAUUACCAAAGCCAAAAGAUGAACCUGCUGAUAAUAUUUUAUCCGAAAAACCAUCGGAUGAGUUAAAUAACCAACCGAAGGAGGAAAUUCCUGCCGAAAGUUUACAAAGCCCAGUUGAUAGAGUAACAUCGACAAUACCUACAACAUUGCCACCACCACCUGUGUCUCAGUUACCACAACCUGAAUUAAAACCAACUGUGUUACAACAAAAUCCACUUCCAGUGGUGCAGCAGACGCAGCAACAACCACAAACAUUACCAGAAAUUUUAACGCAGCAACGUAGUCAAACUCCACAGACUCAAAUUCAUCAACAUGUGAUUCAGCGUCGGCUACCAUCUCAGCAACAACAAUUGCAAAUACAACAUCAAAUGCAUCAACAAGUACAAAAUGAAGCAGCUAUGGGCCGACCAAUGGCACCUGGUACACGUCUCGUAUCUCAAGAUGGAGCAGUUGGUAUUGUCCAAAGUAAUAAUACAGUAUCAGUAAGCUAUCCAAAUUUCUUCCCACAAGAUGGUGCGCUUGCUGGAGCAAGGUUUAUUUCCGGUCAAUUGACUCCUCAAGCACGAAUUCAAAUGCGAAUGGCGACACCACGAUUAUCAGCGCAAUUAAUACAACAUGCUGCAGGUCCACGAUUGGGUGCACCACCACCUCCACCCCCACCAUAUCCAGGGCCACCUCCCCCAUAUCCUGGGUCAGCAGCAACACAACAAAAUGUUCAACAGCAACAAAUUUCUCAACAGGAACAACCAUUAUUAUUGGAAGAUCUUCUUGAACAAGAAAAACGUGAACAAGAAAAACAAAUGCAAAAUACUUCUGAGACAAUACAACAGACUACUGCAGCCCCAGCUGGCUCUUUGUUGAGUGAUCAAGAUUUUGAAAGACUAUUGAGAACUGAUGUGUUAGGUAAACCAAAUAUUGGUCAACCUCAAAUAGUUACGUCAACUCAUGGCAUACCUGCUCAAGGACUAUUACCCGCUCAAAAUGUUGGUAAUGUGUCACCAAUCCGACCUUCAUUUCAACCUCGUCAAUUGCCACAACAAACAACUACAAAUCAAUGGCAAAAUCAACAGCCUCAAACACCAAAUCGAUCGCAAACUGCUGCACCAGACACUACUACGAGUGUUCCACCGUUUAAUAUACCACUUUUACCAGCACCUCCAUUACCACCCGAACAUAUUGUUACUGAACAGGAUCGUCAAACUCAAAUACAUUAUGAACAAUGGUUGAAUCAUCAAAAUCAAAUUUUAACACAACAAUUAAAAUAUUAUGAGACUGAAGUACAAAAGUUACGAAAGAUUAAAAAAUCUUUGAAUAGCAAGCAAAGGCAACUGCGUAAAUCUGGUAACGAAUUAACAGAAACGGAUGCGUUUGAACUGCAACGAGUGUCAAGUGAACAAGCGGUUUUACAGAAACAACUUGAGUCUAGCCGGAAACAAAGUCGUCAACAUGGAAUGUUAAUACAGGUCUAUAUGAAGGAAUACCGGAAUAAGCAACAAGCGAAGCAACAGCAAUUACAACAACAAGCUCAAGCGCAACAGUCACCACAACAGAGCCCACAAACACCAAAUGCACAACAAGUUAAUACGAUUGUACAGUCUAUGUCACGUGCUUCACCAGUACAUCAUACUCCUACAUCACAAUCUCCACUAAUGUCACCUACACAAUCACCAAUGAUGGCAGCCCAUAAUAGUUCUCCAAUGCACAGUCCUGGUCCUAUGAUCAUAAAUUCACCUGGACCAGUUUCAUCAGUUACCUCUAUCUUACAAAGCCCAGGUCAUCAAGGUGGUAAUUCAAUGUCUCCACAUACUCGUAUUGGUACACCUCAUUCACAAACAGGUGGAGAUGAAAGUCCAUUUAGUCCAGGUACUUCGCAUUCACCAAGUGCAACACAUCGUAUGAGUGCUCCGGGUCGCCAUGUAACCAGCCCUGGCACAUACACAGCAGAUAUCCGACCUGGUACACCACAAUUUGCUGCAUUACAACAAAACAGAUUUAUGCGACCAUCCAAUGAACAACAAGUACAAAGACAACGUUUGCAAUUGCAAAAUGUUGGAUUCCAACAAGGUAUACGUACCCAAGUAGGAGGAACAGUUGUUGCUGGUGGACGAUCGCCCCUGGCAAGUCCACAACCAAUUACUACAAAUAUUGUACAAAGUCCACAACAUUCAGUACAAAGUCCACAAAUACCGCCAUCAUCACCUCAGCAAAUUUUACAACGACAGGCGAUUCAACAAGUUAUAAUGCAACAAAAUGUAACUGGAGAUCCUCAAUCCGAUAAUAAUAACUUGUUAUCACAAAGCUUACGUACCGUACAAUUAGUACAGCAACGCCAAUUGACUCAACAACAACAGCAACAAAUUAUUCGGCAUCAAUUAUUACAACAGCAACAACAAUUGCAACAGCAACAGCAAUCCUCAAAUCAGCAACAACAUUUAACAAACCAACAACUGCAUCAUCAGCAAAUGUUACAACAACAAUUAAAACAGCAAAUGAUACAACAGAAAUUACAAUUGCAAAACCAACAUUUGCAAAACCAACAACAAUUACAAAAUCAACAAUUACAGAACCAACAAACUCAAAAUCAACAACUACAAAAUCAGCAGUUAAAUCAGCAAUUGCAAAAUCAACAAAUACAAAAUCAACAAAUUCAAAAUCAGCAAAUGCAAAAUCAACAAAUUCAAAAUCAACAAUUGCAAAGUCAACAGUUACAAAAUCAGCAACUACAAAACCAACCACCUAGUUCACCAUUGGCACCUCCUAGUCCAAUGAUUACAAAUCAACAAAAUCAACAGACAAUGCUACAAAUAAUAGGACAAAAAUCACCAUCGCAUGCUCCACCGCGAAGUCCUAUGGUUAGUGGCGGUAUCGUUUAUAAUCAACCUCCAAAUUCGCCGAUGCCACGAAGUCCGAUGUUACAUCAAGUACCACCAAGUAGUCCAAUGCUUCAGCAACAAUUAAGUCAACAACAGCAACAACAACAACAAAACCAACCUCCUAGUUCUCCAAUGCCUUCUAAAAGUCCUAUGCCACGUAGUCCAAUGAUUAGUGGGUCACCAAUGCAAAUAAUGCGACCACCUAGUACUAAUAAUUUAUGCAGUCCACUUCCACCAGAUCGUCCACAAAGUGUAGAAAAUCCAAGUACACCACGUACACCAUUUUCUCAAUCAAACAUAGAUAGAUCAGAAAACCACGGUAGUGGUGGCAGUGGUGGUGGAGGAGGAGGGGGAGGUGGUAAUUCGCAUCCAAUUCCCUUCCCUCCACCGGGAUUGUUUACUCAUGGAAGAUUUAAACUAGGACUUCGAGGUGGAGCUCCGAUGUGGAGCUAUGGGAAAGGAACUAAACGUAUACCACAAAUAGGUGGGACCUCACAGAACAAAGAUAUUGAUAAACCAAGUUCUAGUGAAACAGGGCCCAAAAUUAGAAAGGAAUCUCAUAUAAGCAAAGUUUCAAUAUUAAAAAAGAAAUCACCUAGAAAAAUGCCAGAUACUGCACAGAUUUUAGUGAGUAAUAAAGUUGGAUCUUUAGUUUGCGCAGAGUACAAUGAAUUCGAUGAUAGCUCGUCUACUCCACCAAUUUCUCCACCCCCUCUAACAUCAACAACUAAUGUAAUAGAAAAAAAGCCAUUAAAAUUAAAAAUUGCUGGGAAAAAAGCACCAGAUGAUAUUAAUGAAAGUGGAUCGUCAUCUGCCGAUAGAAAUGAAGUUCUUGUUGUUGAUUGUAGCCCCGACGAGAAAAAUGUGCAUUGUAAUGUAGAUUUUGAUGAUGAUAAUGAUAAAACAUUGGUAGCAUCAGAGAUAUCGUUAAAUUCUGUAGCGCAGGAGGAUAUUGAUGAUAUGACAGUUGUCGAAUCAUUUUCACAGCAAGAUUUAGGAAAUGUAAUUUCGAGUCCACUAGAGACUGGUGUGGCUGAAGAAUACGUUUUAUUUUCUUCAGAUAUGGUUGGAGAUAUUUCAGUAGAAUGUGACGAUUCAUUGAAACACCUUGAAACGGAUAAUAUUACUCGUGAAUUUGGAGGUGAAAUAGAAAUUUUGAAUAAAAAUGUUGAAAUUUUGUCACAUACAUCAAGUCCUAGUGACGAUAUUAUUUUAUCAACAAAUGAAAAGGAACUUAGCAUUGAAUUAUUUAGUGACGUUGUUGCUGAUACACCAGAAUCUCCAGACCAAAAUGAAGUUAAUAUUGACCCUUCUUCUCCAGAUGAUUUGAUGUCUUCUUUGGGUGGAUCGGAGAUUGUUGUUAUUGAUCAAUCUGUGACCUCUCCUGAAGAACACAUUGCUACAACUGAGGAUUUCGAAGAAUUAAUCGAUGGUGAAAAACGAGAGGAUAAAAUUCAUAGACUUGAUGCUCGACAUAUUUUAGAAAUUCAUAAGUACGCCUCAAGCCCGCACAGUUAUUCAUCUAAUAAAACUAGCACUAACUCUACUAUUUCAACAAUAGUUUCGUCUGGAAGGCAGAACAAACCUCAAACGGUUAUUAAAAAACCUAUAAUUGUAACAACAUCAACGGACGUAAAUAAAUUUAUAUUAACGACUACGUCCACUGUGAUUAACGCUAAGAAUACACCGUCUAGUUCAACAAAAAUAGAUCCUCCUACUGUGAAUAUAUUACGUUCAAUGCCAGUAACUGUUACGAAUCCUCAAAUUACUGAAAUUAUAUCUUCUACGCCUCGAAUGGAAAACACUUUAACACUAAAAUCGGCAUCACCAUCAAUAAUGACAACUAUCAUGAAUUUAUCACCCCAAGAUACGGCGUUACCUUCAAAAAUAUUUCAAGAUGAAUCAGGCUCCCCCGAAGAAUCGGGUGUCGAAGAAAACAAUGAACCCGAUUCACCAAUUGAAAAAUAUAAUCGACCAUCGAUUCUAGAAGUUACUUCGUCAUCAACAACAGAUCAGCUUAAGGCUGCUCCUGAAUCUACAAAAAUUGAUUUUGAGGAAGAAAUAAAUGCGCAUAGCGUUUCAACAUCUAGACCAAAAAUAUCUCCCACACCAAUAACAUUAUCAGUAAUUAGUUCCGUUGCUCAAUCUGUGAAUUAUAUUCAAACUUCAAAAGUACAGAUAGGCGGACAACUUGCGACAAUAUUGACAACAAAACCAGCUAAAAUCGAGCCUCAAACAGAAAAUGAAACUUCCGAAGUUAUUAAAAUUAAUACAAGUGAUAUAAUGGGUAAAAAGUCAGACAUUUCGACUCCCGAAGGUCCGUUAUUAAGUGUAAAUGUGAAAACAUUCCCUGGAAGUGAAUCGAUAAUUGAUGAAAAUUCCGAAUUCGAACCAAAAUCUGUUGAAAUUUCUAUACCAUCGCCAACACCAUCUCAAGAAAAAAUGCUAGAUAAUCUAGCAAGGCAAGCUUUAGAAGUACGCGGGCGGGAAGAUAAACCAUUAUCAAAUGAUUUUCAAACAAUUGAAGAUAUGUUAGAUAUGAUUGAAAAUAUUACAAGUGAGUCAAAAUUAAUGUCUGAAAUAAAACACAGUGGGGAAAAAUCUAAGGUUGAAACGAUAACUCAUUCACAAGAUUCGAUCAGUGACAUUAAUGAUAUUAUUACAAAUGAUUUAAAAAUGGUGGAGUCUGAGCCUGAACCACAAAAUAAAAUAAAAACGACCAUAGUUUCUAAAACUAUUCCGGAACCUACUGAACCAAUUUCAGUGGCUACAACUGUAUUAAAUACAAAACAACCUACCAUUAUGCCACAAUUAUCACCGUUAUCACAACCUGCGGAAUUAACUACGAAUAUGGCAAAUGUGUCACAACAAUUAAGGACAUUUUUAUCGUCAUUAUCAGCAAAUACAAUAACGACAUCAAGUUCUAUACAAACGGAAAAAUUGGUAGAUAAAACGCAAAUUACAUCUACAAUUCCAUCGCCAACGAUAAUUUCAACAUCACCAAUAACCACGUCACGAAUUGUUCAACAUUCUCCUAUUAAAUUGAAGACCAUUGUACACACUUCUCUACCUAAUACUGUUAUUCAAAAUACUAAACAAAAACAACGGACUUCGCCAAUAAUUUCACCUCAAAGAAGUUUAAACAGUUCACCAAAACCUACCACCACAUUUGUUACGUCAAAAAUAACAAGUACGACACCGAUUUUGGUUACGCAAACAAUGAUAACUACAGAUCCGACUACAAGUUUAACCUCGAAUUUUUCUACUGUUCUAUCGACGAGUAGCUUAACAAAACCAACAUUUACAAAUAUUCAAAAAGCUACAACUACAGCACAAAUUGUAACGACAACUGUACCAGUUGUUACCACAUCUCAAGUUACUACACAAAGUAGUCGUGUUUGCGUUCCAAGUUUAAAUGAAUUAUUACAAUCUCAUCCAGCUGCAACAAUCGUUCAAACAGUUCCAAACGAUUCGAUCACUACAGCUAGUAUCUUAGCUUCACAAACUCUAGGACCUGUAAUGUCGACUCGACCAGGUUUAGUGAGUUCACGUCCUUCACAAAACAUUGAAAUAUCAAAAAGUGAAGAUAGUUUGUCAAUUCCGAAACAAAUCGCUACUUCAACAACGGCAAGUAUUUUAGGCACAAAAUUAUCAGCACCAAUUUUAUCAAAAGCAAUGGUACCUACGACAAAUUUACUGCAUACGCAUUUAACUAAAACACCCUUAAAACGAGUUAUGUCAACAGAAUCUGCUGAAAGUUCGAAUAAUUCAAUGGAUAUUGAUCACAAGAUUAAAUCAGAACCUGAAACGGAAUCUAAGGAUGCAGUUACACCUGAAACAACAAGCUUACAGUCGUCCGGAGGUUGUAAAUAUUCUACAUUACAAAUACAAACGCCAAUUACCCGUGUUGAUGAUUCACAGAAUGUUCUAUUAAAACAAUUACUUCAAAAUACAGGCUGUGCUACAAGCAGUAGUAGUAGUUCAAGCACGAAUGUAUCUCAACCACAACUAAUUCCAAGUACCAUAAAUACUUCAUCACCUUUGGUCACAUCGGCAAAUAAUAUUGUCAGCACUUCCGGUAACACAACAAGUAGUAUUACGAAUGUGCCAUCUUUAGAAGCACAACUAGCUCGACCAGUACCACCCACACACAGUCCUCUUUUACCACCAUUAAUUCAACCAAAUCAAGCUCCAAAGCCACCAACAACAGUGCGGCAUUCUCAAAUUAUGUCUCGUGAAACGUCUUUUGUUUCACGGCCUGUACCCAUAACAACCUCUCAACCUCCUAUAACAUCUAUUCCAUCUAUAGUUGUAACUCAACAAUCGGUAAUUUCACAAAUUCAACAACAUCACAGUGAACCUCCACCAGUAACCGUUAUUGCAACAUCAUCUAUAUCGUCGCCAUCAACAAACUCGACGAUAACUAGUCAACAACUUUUCGUAGAAGUAAAACGUGGUGUACCUCCUGUUCGAUCAAUAAGUCGUGAUGAAAUGUUAUCACCACCAUCAACAAAAGCAUCAGGGUUUGGAAGCAACGAAUCAAGCUUACAAACACCACCUAUACAGUUUAAACGCGAAUCAUUUUUACCGGAAAGCAGCCCAAUAUCAAACCAUGAAGUUAAAAAAGAAAUUUUGGACGAAUCUUCUCAACAUUCCUCGAUAUCAUCGGAUGUUAGUAAACUUGAUUUAUCUCAUAAAGACGAGUCGUCUGAAUUAACAACUCCGACAGAUCCACAUGAAAAAACGAUUCAAGAUGCAUUGCAACUAAAACGAUUAAAACGUCGUCAAUAUCAACAAAAAAGACGACAAAUUCAAAUUCAAGCAAAAGAAGCGCAGUCGCAGCAACCGAAAAAACGUCCCCGUAAGAUGUCGAAAUUAGAUGAAGAUUACGAUGUAUUUAAUGAUAAUUUAAUGGCACAAAUUAGACAAUUACCGCCAAUGGUUGUAAUGGAGCCAAUUUUGGGUAGAAAUUAUAAUGUUUGUCCAGUUUGGGGUUCAGGUGAUUUAACUAAAAUCGGAAAUAAAAAUUAUAACACACGUACUGGAGAUUUGGCAGGAUCUUAUGGAAAUGCAUAUUUACCCGGUGUUUCUGAUUAUUAUAAUACUAAACCAUUUGGAUUAAAAGAUCCAUUACCAGAAAAGCCACCGGUAUCAACGCAGCGUGGCUUUUAUGAUCAAGAAUUCGAACCAAUUAAAUUUAAUAGUGAUGAUUCAAAACGAUUGGAUUUAUUCUUCCGAGAACGUGACGAUGAUGUUCCCGAUACAAUUAUUAACUGUACUUCACCAAAUUGUUGCUUGGGUGAUAAAACUGUCAAGCAUCCUGGUUUAAGUUUCAUUCGUGGAGAUGACGAUGACACUGAUGAAGAAGAAGAGAGUCGUAGACGAAUGUCUCCAGAAAUUCCAAUUAUUGCACCAAUACCGAUUCGAUUAAAAUCUGGUGGUCAAUAUUUGAAUGAUUACGAUGAAGAAAUCGAUAAAGAGAAUCAAUGUAUUCGUGAUAUUAUUUAUAAGUCAAAAAGUCCAGCUAUUGUUCCUCCUUCACCGCUAAAAGAUUCUAACAAUGUAACGGUAACUUUAACAUUAACUUCAUCGGCUGCUGAAGAUAUUAUGGGAGUAUUAAGAGAUCUUGCAAAUAUUUUACAUAUUCCUCCACCAACUGGAUACCAAAUAGUCGAACGAACUACAACACCUCCGAGUCAGAAAUUGGGAUUAUAUCGUACUAAAGGAAAGGAUGGAAAGGAAGGAGCUCCAAUCGACAUUCAAAGUGUUUUAAAUGGUGCUGCGAAAUUUUGUAGACAUUGUGAUGUUGUUAUUUUGAAUUCCAUGAUUCGAAAGAAAGUUUCAGAUUUACCAUUUUUGGCCAAAGAUUCCGAGCUUCUUUUGGAAGGUGAUGAAUUAUACUUUUGUAGUUCCUCGUGCUACAUGCAAUUUGCCCUUAUGCAUAGAUCUCCUAACAUGCCCCAAGAAAAGGCUGCUGCAAUUAUUGAUCAUUUAAGUCAAAAUGAUAAAGAAAAUCAUGCCAAAAAAUUGAAAAAGUUGAAAUCGGAUGAUGAUUCAAAAUCUGAUAUUGCUAUGGAAGUAGACAAUGAAUCAAGUAAAACUCAAGUAGCCUUGAAAUCUAAUUUAGUACCUGGUGAAGAUAAAAAAGAAAUGAAAGAAUUGAUUAUAUCAAUACCAUCUGAUAAUACAUCGGUCGAUCGUAAACGUAAACUAGAAGACACUCCAACUGAUCAACAACCGGUAGUUAAAAGUUGGAAAGGCAUGCGUUUUAAAACAUUUAAAGAAGGCACUAUGCACCCUGACAAAAAGCAUAAACGAUUAUCAGAAAAAGAAAUGACAGAAUAUAUGUUUAGAUUGGGUGUAACCGUUAUGCCUGCUAAAAUACCAGACGAUACUCGAAAAUGUAUGUUUUGUCAUAUGAUGGGUGAUGGAACUGCCGAUGGUCCGGCUCGAUUGCUUAAUUUUGACGUAGAUAAAUGGGUACAUCUAAAUUGUGCCUUGUGGUCUGAUGAUGUGUAUGAAACAGUAAAUGGAGCGUUAAUGAAUUUAGAGAAUGCAUUACAGCAGAGUUUAACGCAACAAUGUGUACAUUGUCAACAAUCGGGUGCCACAAUUCGUUGUUUUAAGGUUCGAUGCUCAAGUGUUUAUCAUUUGGCAUGCGCUGUGAAAGAUAAUUGUGUGUUUUAUAAAAAUAAAACAGUAUUCUGUACUAUUCAUGCAUUGAAAAACGAAAAAGAAAAUGAAUUAACAACAUUAUCGGUAUAUCGUCGUGUUUAUGUGAAUCGUGAUGAAAAUCGACAAGUUGCAGCAGUAAUGCAUCAUUCAGAUCAAGGAAAUUUAUUGCGUGUUGGUUCUUUAAUAUUCUUAAAUGUCGGGCAAAUUUUACCUCAUCAAUUACAAAAUUUCCACAACCAAAACUAUAUUUAUCCUAUUGGAUAUAAAAUUGUUCGCUUUUAUUGGAGUAUGCGACGUAUAAACAAAAGGUGUCGAUAUGUAUGUUCAAUUCAUGAUGUUUGCGGACGGCCAGAAUUCCGAGUCUUAAUUCAGGAACCUACACAAGAUGAUUUAGAAAUGCGUGAUGCUAGUCCGCGUGCUGUAUGGCAACGUAUUCUUGAUUUACUGGAUACACUUAGACGAGAACAUAACUGUGUUCAUGUAUUUCCACGCUAUAUUACGGGAGAAGAUCUUUUUGGAUUAACUGAACCAGCAAUUGUACGAGUGUUAGAAAGUUUACCGGGUAUUGAAACAUUAACUGAUUAUCGAUUUAAAUAUGGUCGAAACCCAUUAUUAGAACUUCCGUUAGCUAUUAAUCCAUCAGGAGCAGCAAGAACGGAACCACGUUUAAAAAAUGCGUUACCUUGGAAACGGCCACAUACACAACGCACAGCUUCUUCAUCAAGACCUACUUUCGUACCUUCUUCUGCGCCUGGAUCCACAGAAGCUGCAUGUCCUUACAGUAAACAAUUUGUGCACUCGAAGAGUUCACAAUAUAAGAAAAUGAAACAGGAAUGGAGAAAUAAUGUUUAUUUAGCGAGAUCGAAAAUUCAAGGUUUAGGUUUGUAUGCAACGCGUGAUUUAGAAAAACACACAAUGGUGAUUGAAUAUAUUGGAGAGGUUAUCCGUACUGAAUUAGCUGAGUUACGUGAAAAGCAAUACGAAGCAAGGAAUCGAGGUAUUUAUAUGUUCCGUUUGGACGAUGACCGUGUUGUGGAUGCUACAUUAUGUGGAGGACUUGCAAGAUACAUAAACCAUUCAUGUAACCCAAAUUGUGUUGCAGAAAUUGUAGAAGUUGAUCGUGAUUUACGGAUUAUUAUAUUUGCAAAACGUCGAAUUAAUCGUGGUGAAGAGCUUGCAUACGAUUAUAAAUUUGACAUUGAAGACGAUCAACAUAAAAUAUCAUGCAUGUGUGGAGCACCAAACUGUCGCAAAUGGAUGAACUAAAUACAAAAACGACGACAGUACUUGAAAAAAUAUUGUUAUAUUAUUUUGUAAAUAUUUAAAUCCACCGAGAGAGAUAAAUAGGCAUCAUAUUUGUAUAAAUAUUUAAU